AUGGAGAGAACACGGGUGGCCAAGGUUGACAAUGUGACCUUGGCUCGGCAUGGGGAGCAGGUUGAUGGCACCCUGCAUCUCACUCCUCACCACCUUAUCUUCUCGUACCUCCCCCCAGUGUCCAGCGAGGACCAGGCCAAAGGUGUUCCCAUAAAGCCCCGCGAGCUCUGGAUCACCUACCCGAUCAUCGCCCUCUGCACCCUGCGUCCCGCUCCCGCUGCGUCCCGCCAGCCCUCCUCCAUCCGCCUGCGGUGUCGAGAUUUCAACUUCUGCUGUUUCUACUUUACAAACGAGACCAAGGCCCGCGAUGUGUUUGAUAGCAUCAAGCAAUGGACUUGCAAGCUGGGCCGCAUGGACAAGCUCUACGCCUUCUCUUACGUACCUGUUCCGCCGGAAGCCGACUUCAACGGGUGGCAGUUGUAUGAUCCGCGCAAGGAGUGGGUGCGUCAAGGUGUUGGAAAGGAAGGCCAAGCCCUCACAUACCUCCACCCGGUCAAUAACUGCUCGAUUACAAGGAGCUCCCAGCCGUUGGUCGGGGUGCGUCAGAACCGCAGCAUCCAGGAUGAGAAGCUGCUAGCUGCUAUUUUCUCAACUUCUCGCUCAGAGAGGCCGUUGGCAAGCUUUAUACAGCCUAAUCUGGAGAAAGAGGCGUCGGACUCCAGCCAGAGCAUUGGGGAGACGAUACCGACAGACCCAGAAUUGACAAAUGCAGAAGAGAUAGAAGACGAUAUGAUUGCUGCUGCUCGUGGGGAUUCGGAAGAAUCGUCUUCGAUUUAUGGAGCGCAGCAGAGCAACUUGAUUGUUGAUGCGCGGCCUACAGUCAAUGCCUUUGCCAUGCAGGCCGUGGGCCUGGGUUCCGAGAACAUGGACAACUAUAAGUUUGCCACCAAAGCUUACCUGGGGAUCGACAACAUUCAUGUCAUGCGGGAUUCGUUGAAUAAGGUGGUGGACUGCUUAAAGGAAACAGACGUGACACCUUUGGGACCGAAUCGCGACCAGCUCGCCCGAACCGGCUGGCUGAAGCACAUCGCUGGCAUCUUGGAGGGAGCCGGACUGAUCGCUCGCCAGGUGGGCCUGCAACACUCUCAUGUCUUGAUUCACUGCUCCGACGGUUGGGAUCGGACCAGUCAGCUGAGUGCCCUGAGUCAAAUCUGUCUUGAUCCGUACUAUAGGACGUUUGAAGGAUUUAUGGUCUUGGUAGAGAAGGAUUGGCUUUCGUUUGGUCACAUGUUUAGACACCGAUCGGGCCACCUGAACAGCGAGAAAUGGUUCCAGAUCGAGAACGAACGCAUCGGCGGAGAGGCUAACCGUGGGUUCGGCGAAGGCGGCGGUGCCGGCAAAGCCCUCGAGAACGCAUUCCUCAGCGCAAAGGGCUUCUUUGGCCGGGACAACACCAGCCGCGACUCCUUGGCCGACUCCGAUGGGGAGCUUCAAAGUUACGACUCGGACAGUCCUGCGGCUCGAAAGGUUAGCUCCUCACCUCGGAGCACCGUCGCAGAGAAAGAGAUCACAAAGCCGAAGGAGACUAGCCCGGUUUUUCACCAAUUCCUGGAUGCCACAUAUCAGCUCCUCUACCAACAUCCGACGCGCUUCGAAUUCAACGAGCGUUUCCUCAAGCGACUGCUCUAUCAGCUCUACGCCUGCCAGUACGGCACGUUCCUAUUCAACAACGAAAAGGAACGCGUCCAGUCGAGAGCAAGCGAGCGAACCCGCAGCGUAUGGGACUAUUUCCUCUGUCGGCGCGAGCAGUUUACGAACCCGCGCUAUGACCCAGUGAUCGAUGACCACCAGCGCGGCAAGGAGCGUCUUAUAUUCCCUCGAGUCAACGAGACUAGAUGGUGGGCUGAGGUCUUCGGUCGCGAAGAUUCAGAGAUGAACGGGCCCCGGCCUACUGAUAGCCCGGCUACUAAACGAGCCCCGGUCGUGACAGGCAUCGAGACCGCCAACCACUCCGUCGGCACUGCAGCCCCGGGAAAGUCUACUGUUCCCACCGCUACCUCGUCAGGGAUGGCGACUGUGACCGCUGGGAUUGCGAAUUUGGCGUUUCCAAAGAAGCAGGAGUCGGAGUCGGCGGCGGCAGAUAAAGGGAAUGAGGAGUUGGGCGUGGAGAUGCAGUAG